AUGAAUGCGUUUCAGAUGGGCUCCGCUCGCCUUUCCGUGCUCGGGCUGGUGGCCAGCCUGGGACGAGCGCCCCGGCGUCAGCGGCGCUCCCACCGCAGCGAGCGGCUCCCGGAGCCUCCGCGGCUCUGCCGCGGCCAAAGCGGCUCCUCCAGCCCCGGGGCCGGAGGGGAAGCGCUCACGGGGUCCUGCCGGUUCCCCCCCCACCCCACCCCGGCGCUCGCAGCCCGGCGCGGGGGCUGGCCCGGUUCCGCCGGGGCCGGCUGGGUGGGAUCGGCGCUGGCUGAGGUCAUGGAGAGCCCUUUCCCUCUUGCCGAGGCUGGGAUGGCCGCUGGGAGCGGGGCCGCCGUCCUGGCUCGCAGGAUGGAGACGGCACGAGCAGGGGCUGCCUCCAGCCCCAACCUCGCACCCCAGGGCGGGGGCUGUGGGGAGGGCGCGGGUCUCGUCCUCGCUGCGGCAGGAGCCGCGUUCCCAGGGAAGGAAGAGUUAAUCCCCGCCCGCUGCUAA